CAAAAGAAAAAAAAAGACCGCAGCCGAUCGAUGCCCGGAUGCCGGAACAUGCUCGAGCCCUCUUCUCCCCUCCAUCCACCUUGGCCUGUCCUCUUUGCGCGUCCAUCCCACAACCGCCCAUUCUCCUCCGCCCGCGCCACUUGUCGCAUCUUGGCCAUGGUGAAUGUCUUUUUCCUCCACAGCAACCCGGUGAGCGCUGCUCGAGCUCUGGGAGAUCGCCAUGUAGGCAAGAUGCUGUUGGAGGCCUGUCAGAUUCUGCACGCCUGCCAUUGGUAUGCACUGGCCGGCCUGGCGCGACGCCUCCCACAGGGGGAGCCGGGCCCGGACCCUGGCCCGCUAACGGCGCGAGAUGUCUCGGCAUUUGGACGGCGUGCCCUGGCCCAGCCCGCCAGGCCGCUGCAACCGGCCGCCAAUCCAGUCCAUACAUCUGCCUCGGAGGCCUGCUUCGAGGGCACCCUCUCCCCCGCUGACAGCCCGGCCUUCGGGUGUGCGGGAUUUCUUCGGGAUUCGGACGAGGCUUUCCAAGCUGGCGCCAAUGUGCGAAGCCUGCUUGCCGGGGUGCUGGCCGGCACUGAGACUCCGACCGGCGACCCGGGUGACUGGCUCGCGGCACAGUGGGUGGCGGCCUGCCAGGCGGGAACCGGCCGUGCCCCAUACCUCCCAUCACACUUGUCGCAUCCGUGCGCCAUCUGGGCUCGCAAGUCCGCCGGCAACUACCAGUGGCUGGCCACACAUGCCCUAGCCCUGGCGGAGCUGCAUGCCCGCUUUUACGGUGGCGACCCGGUGGACGAACGGUCUCCCGACUCUGGGGAUCUCUACGACACCUUGAUCCCGGGGGUCGGGUGGAAGCGCGGCCAUGCGUCAGCCCGGCAGGUUCGCUUCCUCCUUGGUGCGGGCCCCCCUCCGGGGACGGCCUCGAUCAAGCUCACCACGCCGGCUUUGGCCAUGCCGGACGCCAUUCGUCGGGAUUUCCUGCUCCACCCCCUGCCAGAGGAUACCUCGCCGAUGAAAAAGCGCCCACGCAGUGGCUCAACAGGCCCCGGUGCUCCGGCACCGCCGGCGCUCUUUUUCCCCGAGGCACGGAGCGUCGAUGACGCGGUGGCCGCCUAUCGGCAGUACUACAGCAGCGAGUCGAAGGCCCGACUGCUGGGAUACCGCGCCACCCGGGGGGAGCUUCCGGCCUGGCUCGCCGGGCACCCGGCCCUCAUUCGCACAUAUCCCGCCACGGGUCGAACCGGCGGGGUCAAGCCCGGUCUGGCCAAACAAGAAGCUGACCAAGCCGAGCAGGCGGGCUCAGCCAAUGACACGGGCAUCAGGGCCGAAGAGCAGGAGACCGGCCACCAGCACCCCCCCGAGGAGCAAGGGCCUCCGGCCGGGGCUCGGUGCGCGGUGUGUUGGAAGCAGCCCCACGAUGACUGGCCGAUUGCUGUGUCGCCGGCCGCGAUGUUGUCGACCGCACCACCAGCAGCCGCCAUGAUCAAGACCGAAGAGGGCAAAUGAACAACCAAGCCGAUUUCCGGA